AUAUUAUGCAGAAAUGUUGUAUCAAAUCCACUGUAGCACAAUGGUUAAAAUUCUUCUUUGAAUUUCCGGGUUCGAAGCCCGGCAGUGGAAAGAGUGUUUUUUUUUUUUCCUGCAUUUCGACCAAGCAAUUGAUAUUAUUAUAGGAGUAUUUUAUUUUUUGCCAUUUUGUAAGUUACAGUUAGAAUAUUGUAUAUUCAUGGUUUAGAGUUCCUAAAUUUAGUCAAUCAUGCGUCGGAAGAAGAGCAGAGCUAAACGGCGAGUCGCCCGAUCCAACGAGGAAGACACGGCGGGAGUCGACGAUGAGCCGGGAGCUUCGAAGGAUGCUGUGGAAGCUGCCGAGGAGGCUGGUAUCCAGAGUGAGAAGGACGUUAAUCAAGAGAUUGAUUGUUUUAAAGAGGAGUUUGAGGAAGUUGAGAAUGUGGUAAUUGCUGUCAUGGAGAUGGACUCAAUAAUUCAACACAACAGCGGUGACGUUGUUCAAAUUGAAUCGAAUUUUACUGAUGGAAGUAUUCGUAAAAAUGACUUGUGUUCAGAAGUAAAUGGUGUGGGUGAGAGCGAGAAAUCGGAUAAUUUGGAUGUUAGUGUGGAGUGUAGUAAAUUUGAGGAGGUUAUUGAGGAUGGGACUGUUAGGGGACAGAAUUUGACUUCGAACAUCCAAGUUAUGGACGUGGAUUCAGGGAGUGGAAUCGUCAAUGGUGAGGAAGCCAAGGAUCAUGAAAAUUCAGAACAGAAAUCACUCGAAGAGGAACCAUCUUCUGCUAGAAUUGCAGUCAUGACAUUAGAUGGGCAAACCAAUGAUGGUUACAACAACAAGGAUGGUAAUGAUAGGGAAAAAGAGGAGGAGAGCAGAGGUGGCUGGGAACAAAAUGAAGACAUUGCAGUUACUGAUGUCAAUGAAGGGUCUCAGGUAGUUGACCACGACUCUUCAACUAAGCAAAAGAAAGAAAAGCAACUGGAAAUACAUGUUGGAGGUCUGCAUAAAGAGAUAGUUGAAAAAGACUUGUUUGAAAUAUUUGGAAAGUUUGGGGAAGUCCAAAGUGCAAGGAUUGUGAGGCAUCGAACCACAAAAAAAAGCAAAGGAUUUGCUUUUAUUCAAUAUGCCACAACUGAGCAAGCCAAGAAAGUUCUUUCUGACUUGAAGCAUGGCAUAGAGGUGAAAGGAAAGCUUGCUAAGUUAUCAAUCAGUCAUGACCGUGAUGUUCUAUAUCUGGGACGUAUUUGCAGAACAUGGACCAAAGAGGAUGUGCUUGGGAAGUUGAAAGGCUAUGGAAUUGAAAACAUUGAUGAGAUACAAGUACCCAAUGAUCCUAAGGAUGAUAGGAAGAUUAAAGGUUUUGCUUUCUUGAGAUUCAAUACCUUCUCUGAUGCAAAGGCUGCAUUGCACCGUUUAAGGAAACCAGAUGCAGCUUUUGGCAAUGCAAGAGGUGCUAAAAUUGCUUUUGCUCGCACCCCAAUGCAUCCAAGAGAGAAAGUUCGGUUACAGGUGAAAACUAUUUAUGUUGAGGGGAUACCAAAGUCUUGGGAUGUACACAAACUUAAAGAGAUCUGUGAACAAUAUGCUGAGACUAAAAAGGUCAAAAUAUCUAGGAAUUUAAGCAAUAAAGGCAAGGAUUUUGGAUUCAUUUCUUUCACUACCCGUGGAGGUGCUGUGGCUUGUGUGGAAGGGAUGAAUAAAUUGCGAUAUGGAGGAAACGUCAAGGUUAAAGCUUAUAUUGCAAGGCCUCUUGUUCAAACACGGCUGCAAAAAAGCUCUUGUUUAGGACUAAAAUUUAGUAAAAGGCAUAGAAACAGUGAUUGGUUGAAGUUGAAAGGCCAUGCCAGGUCUAAAGGCGUUAAAAAAGAGAGUGAUGUGAGAGCAGCAACCGUCAUAUACAAGUCAAAGAUUUGGGGGACCAAAGAGAAGCCAGCUGCAGCUGUGUAUAAAAAUAAUCAGGAUCCUUUGAAUUCAAAGCAUACAAUAGAAGGUAAAAGAAAUGAACAACAAGGCAUUGCCCCUGAAAGUCAUGACGCUGAAGAUGGACUAUCUACCAAGCCCAAGAAAACUGAUUUCAAGAGGAAUAAUAGAAAGAGACAAAGGAACCUUAUGCACAGUAAGAGGUCAUCAAACAAACCAGAAGGUUCUGUAUUAAUGAGAGAAAGGAACCAUAUGCACAGUAAGAGGUCAUCAAACAAACCAGAAGGUUCUGUAUUAAUGAGAGAAAGGAACCAUAUGCACAGUAAGAGGUCAUCAAACAAACCAGAAGGUUCUGUAUUAAAGAGAGAAAGGAACCAUCUGCACAGUAAGAGGUCAUCAAAUAAACGAGAAGGUACCUCACAAGGUCGACAUAUUCGUCCUUCUCGAGGUUCAAAGAGCAGAUCUUAUGUACGGAAGGGACAUGGCAGGGGUGCAGAUUCUAUUGCAUAUAGAAUACCAAUUAAAGAGGCAUAUGCUCCAUCCACUAGUGGGUAUCCAGGAUCAGCUCAUGGUGCUAUUUCUGGAUCCAAAAGGCCUUCUUCUUAUAUGGAAUCUCAUGCCGGAUUCGCACAACCUGUGAAGCACAAUGACCAAUAUCUCACAGAAUGUAUCGCACCUUCUUUUCAUCAUCAAAGGCAAGCUUAUGCAGGGUAUCUUAAGCUAGAUCACUAUGAAAGACAACCUCCUGCUAAGUACUUCAAACCUGCUAUUGGGAAUGAUGCCCUACCUCAUGCAGGAUUUCUUGAGUCUUCUUUCAGAAAGCAAAGUUUUGAUGGAGCCAGAAGGAUUGCCGAGUAUAGUGGCCCGGACAAUCAAGGGCCUGUUCAUGGAUCAGGAUCAGCUUAUUCACGCCCUUAUGUUCCAAACAACUUGAGCUAUGCUGGAUAUGAGGGCAAUAGUAAUGGUGGUGGCUACCAUGGGUUUAGGAGAGCAUACACAGCAAGGCAAGCACACUAUUGAACAGGAACAAGAACAAUUUCAUUGUCUAUUUUUAGCAUAUUAGUUUAGAAAUAAUUUUCAGUCUUGUGAAGAUUGAACUUACUCUGUUAAUAAAAAAUGUAUGUUUCCCGUAGGGAUUAUAUAAA